CCGGCUGGAGCGGCGACGGCUCUCCCAUGAGGUGGGGGAGCGGGGCUGAGUUUUCUCAUCAAAACGCCAAGUGUAGCGCCGCGGACAUGGCCGGGGUUUUCGACAUCGACUUGGACCAACCGGAUGACAAUGUCUCUGACGACGAACUGGAGGAUGGGGCUCAGCUGGGUGAAUACAUGGACCAGUGCAGUAACUUUGAAUUUAACAUGGAUGACUGUGAGAAGUUUGAAAUUUCAGAGAACAGCGUGAACAAGGGAACGGAGCAGAUCAGGCCUGAAUGCUUUGAGCUGCUGAAAGUUUUGGGAAAAGGUGGCUAUGGAAAGGUGUUUCAGGUUCGGAAGGUGUCGGGCGCCACCUCUGGGAAGAUAUUUGCCAUGAAAGUUUUAAAGAAGGCCAUGAUUGUGCGUAAUGCGAAAGACACAGCGCACACCAAAGCCGAGAGGAAUAUUUUGGAGGAGGUGAAGCAUCCUUUCAUCGUGGACCUCAUCUAUGCCUUCCAGACGGGAGGGAAGUUGUACCUCAUUCUGGAGUAUCUGAGUGGUGGGGAGUUGUUUAUGCAGCUGGAAAGAGAAGGCAUCUUCAUGGAAGACACAGCAUGUUUUUAUCUGGCGGAGAUCUCAAUGGCGCUGGGUCAUCUGCACCAGAAAGGCAUCAUCUACAGAGACUUGAAGCCUGAGAACAUCAUGCUCAACAACAAUGGACAUGUGAAGUUGACAGACUUUGGUUUGUGCAAAGAGUCUAUCCAUGAUGGGACGGUCACCCACACCUUCUGUGGCACCAUCGAAUACAUGGCUCCAGAAAUCUUGAUGAGGAGUGGACACAAUCGGGCUGUGGACUGGUGGAGUCUGGGAGCUCUCAUGUACGACAUGCUGACAGGAGCGCCUCCAUUCACGGGUGAAAAUCGAAAAAAGACCAUUGACAAAAUCUUGAAAUGCAAACUCAGCCUUCCACCUUACCUCACACAAGAAGCCAGGGACCUCCUAAAAAAGCUGCUGAAACGAAGUGCCUCAUUGCGACUCGGGGCUGGACCAGGAGACGCUGCUGAGGUCCAGGCCCACCAAUUCUUCCGGCAAAUUAACUGGGAUGACCUCCUCGCUCGCAAAGUAGAGCCUCCAUUUAAACCGUUUCUGCAAUCAGCUGAUGAUGUCAGCCAGUUCGACUCCAAGUUCACCAGCCAGACUCCCGUGGACAGUCCAGAUGACUCCACACUCAGUGAAAGUGCUAAUCAAGUCUUCCUGGGUUUCACAUAUGUAGCUCCAUCUGUGCUUGAAAAUGUCAAAGAGAAGUUCUCGUUUGAGCCAAAGGUCCGCUCGCCGCGGAAGUUCCCUGGAAGCCCGAGAACACCUGUGAGUCCGCUGAAGUUUGCAGGAGGAGAUUGCUGGCCCCGGGGCCCCCCGGCGACCAGCGGGCCUGCCCUGCUGUCCCCCAGCAGCUCGGCGGAGCAGCCCAUGGAGGUGUCGGCCGUGGAGCACAUGGACACGAGCAGCAGCAGCAACGCGGAGGUGUCUGCUCCGCUCCCCAUCAAGCACCCAGCCGGCCUUCACGCAGGGCCCUACAAAAAGCAGACCUACCCUAUGAACUCCAAGCGGCCCGAGCACCUGCGAAUGAACCUAUGACGCUUGGCUUACCUACAAACUUUUAAUCCUUUUUUUUUUUUUUUUUGAAAUACCUGUAGAAUUAUUUUAUUUUUUAUCUGACUGACACUGUCGACGCUGAUCACCAGCUCUUCCAGCAGCGCCUCCCUGAGUCCUCUCUGCUCCCCCUGGCCUCCUGCGCCCGCCGUUCACAGUUAGCAGUUGAAGUGCAACUUCAUUUCUGACUCGUCUCUGGCGUGGAGAGUCAGUUCGUUUGUUUUGCUGAGGUGGUUUUGGUAUACUUACCUGGCACUAUCAUCUCCUGGUGCUCUUUUAUCUUCAGCCUGCGCUGUGUUAUGUUUACAGAUACUUAUUUUAUGAGACAGUGUUUUUUUUUUUCUUUGUCAACAUGCCUUCUUGUGUUGUUUCUACUGCACUGUGAUCAGAGCUUUCAGGCUACACGUUCAGCAGUUAUUGGACACCAGUUUCACUCUGAACGCAGAGCUGCAUUUCCUUUUCCAUGGGAGUAUCGGUGAGGAAGAAGUGGAGCAUGACAAACAGAAAAGCACCUACUAAAAGACUGGGAUGAGGGCACCACCACAAUCCUGACCAAAUGCCGCCACUGCUUCACACGUAUGACUUGAAUGUUUCCUGUUGGACGUCUGUCCAGAGGCAACACUUUCUUUGUUUUGAAUGUAAACACUCCAAAAGCCUUUCUAUGUGUCACUGAAAUCUGUGCUUAUUUUGCUUUUGCCGCGUCAUUGCCACAGGUGUGGCUGGAAACCAACAUACACGAUCAUCCAAAAUGCUUUUGGCCUUUUAAUGAUUCCAGCUGCGUUGAUAGCAUUGGGGAUUUGAGUAUUUUUUGUCUUUUCUUUUGGGGGGGCGUUAUAUUAGAUUUAUUUUAGCGGACCAUCAACUGAAACCUGUCUGAGCUAAGACGUUUAAGUUUGUGAUGUGACGCUGCUAUGUAAGAGAUGCAGAAGUCGAACCAUUCACCUCUCAAAUAUAAAAAGUGACCACGGUUUGAGGCAGAUCCCCACAAAGUUACUGGAACGUGUAAUGAAUGACAGUUUGUAUUUAGACUGUUUGUUACAAUCCAAAUACUUGGAGUUUACUGAAUACGUCAACAGCGCUGUUGCAGUUAGCCGAAUGUCGUUUUUUCUUCUUCUGGUAAACAUUGGGAAACAACUGAAGGAGAUGAGUCCCUGAUUUAUCACAGAGUUCCAGUGUUUUGUUCAUACUGUUUGAUAUUUUAUCAUACUGACUUUGUUUUGUACACUGAUGCUUGUUUUUUGUAAGUUAACAUUGCAGAUGUUUUCUCCCCCCCACUGUUGUGUAAACAUAUCUAAGUUGUAAUAACAAUCAGCCUGAACUGAUUUCUUCUUCUACCAUUCCGGUACGGCUAAAUGAGAAGUCACUCCACCUUACUCCUCUUAGUCUCUCUUAUUUAUUUUAAGUGCCAUUGUGCUUCCACUGCAUUAUGCACACUAUGCAAAGUAUGUAUUUAUGACGUAGUAUUAUGAAGAUAAGUCAGAAUUGUCAUUGAUUUGUAAUAGUGAUCAUGUACAGUAUAAUUUUAUUUCCACACAACACGUCUUACAACCUCAGAUGCAGCUCUUUUUUUUUAAAUUUGAAAUUGGCUUAAAUAUCUGACACUAUUUAUUUUAUGUGAUAUUACAGAUUCAAAUGAGUUUAUCAGAGGGCAGUUUAAUAUUUAAAACCAGUGUAUGUAGCAGUACCACUUCAGACCACAGGGGGCAUAAAGAUCCGUGUUGACAAAAGUGCCACCGACAACACUGGGCUCAGAGUGGGGAGAUCUGGUAAUAACACUGUCUGACACAUGAUGCCGCUGGUGAAAUGCCGCCACCAUGUGGGUUAAAGUGGUACUGCUUCAUAGAUCAGCUUGGAGACUGCUGUUUUGGUUUGGUUUUUUUCUUAACCAUUUUGCAGUGUUUGAAGAAAAAAGAUGGCACAUUGCAGGAAAAAAAAGCAAUGGGAGUGGCAUUGUGCCUUUUGAUUUUGUGUACAUUAUGUUUGUACGACUAAUUAUAAAGUAAAAGUGUGCUGAAUAAGCCAGGACUGAUCACUAACAUUCACUCCUAUAGGAUGUGUAUUUCUUUGCUUUAACAGUUUUGAUCUGACCAGAGUGGGAUCAGGUGCGACUGACGGUCACAAAUGAUUCCCACGAGAGAGUUGGGUUGCUUAUUCAGAUAAGCUUAUAAGCCACCUUCCACACUGACAUGUUUGACAUUGAUCAUCACAUCGAGAAUACUUUGUAUGAGGAAAUGCAUCUUUUGAGAAGGGAUGUUUUGAUCACUGGUGGGCAUUGAACAUUAUUUCUGAUGACAUUCCCCAUUUAAAAGGGCAGGUCGAUGAAUGAUGUGUUUCAUGUACAUAAUGGAACCAAAAUAAAUACAUUAAAUCGC